AUGCCCUUACGAGACAUGCACAAAGAAAAAACUAAAACUCGCAAAUGGAAUACAAUGAUCGAGGACUUAUCCCAGACCUACGGCAAAGAAAAUCACGGUGCCCAAGGAAGAAUAAGGCUACUCAGUACGAUAGCAAAUCAUUUUAGUAACAAAGAAUUGAAGAAAGCAUUUCCCUGUACCAACUACAAAAUUACUGAAGCACGACGGUAUGCAAGUUUUAUAGGAGCUGGAGCAACACCACCUAGUGCGCCUCGUGUUACCAGAUAUCGAAUACCCGUUGAAGAUCUUGCAUUUGUUGUAAACUUCCUACAUCACCCAGACAACACUACACAAUCUUCUCAUAGAAUGGCUUCUUGUGAAGGAAAAAAAUCGUCGUGGUUGUCCAAUCUUUUUGAAGAAAAGAACCAACCAGUCAUGUGGCUCCGGAUAACAAAGUCCAUCUGUAUAAAAAGUACAAAGAAGAAUGUUGUAAAAAUGGUCGGUGUCCUAUAUCGGAGACAAAGUUUUGUCAGGGCCUGGAAGCGGGAAACUUUAAAGAAAUGGCGCAAAUGGUCGGACUUUGCAAUAUUUGUGAUGUGAUCGGAGCAAGAAAUUGGGAGGAUCUAAACGAUAUAAUUGAAGAACUUAAAAAAGAAAUAUCUGCAAUGCCAAUUGGAGAAGUGGUUAUUGAUUGCGAGAAGUAUGCCGACUCUGAUGAAAUUACAGACAAGAUGAGGGUAGUAAUGGUAGACCUUACAGACAAAGACACAGAAUUUCUACGGGGCGGCCAGUGUAAUCCAUUAUCUAAAGAUUCACCAAUUUUACUUAUGCCAGUCAACAACUCCGUAAAUCUUUCGUACUAUGCUUGUAAUAAAAACAAUUCGAUGGACGAGUUCUUAACUAGGGCUAAAGUGUUAAAAGAACAUCUUCUUUCCAGAUUCGUCGAUGAAUUAGACAUGCAAUCAGCUUGUCCCUUUCAUAACAUGUCUUGGCUCUUAGGCAAAACUACAACGUGUCCAACUGGGGAGGUCUGCGAAGUUUGUGUUGAACGAUUCAACUUAUUCGAUGACAUUAAUGCAACCAUUCUGACCAGCAAACUCGAUAGUACUAGAUACACUACCUCAACAAGAUCAGAAAAGUUCAGGAAAAUUUACGUUCCUACAUAG